CCAGGGCAUCAGCGGAGAUAGCAGGCUUUACUUCGCCCUCUUAGGCUAACUCGCUUUGGGCUUUGGUUCAGGAUGGACACCUCUUCGAUUUCUCGGAGCCGACGAUGCUCCUUCAUGCGCAACUGCAAAAGCGGUCUCUCCCUCUGGCUGGUGGUGUGGCUGGUCCUCGGCAAGCCAAGUCCGGCGUCGGCGUGCCCGCACCUGUGUGUGUGCUACCCGACGCCCAUGACCGUGAGCUGCCAGGCGCAGAACUUCACCUCAGUCCCGGUCGGAGUGCCCUAUGAGUCGCAGCGCGUAUUCCUCCAGAACAACCGGAUCACGGAGCUUAGAGUUGGCUCUUUUGGCUUCGGGACUCAGGUCCUGUGGCUGUUCGCCAACAACAUCACGUGGAUUGAGGCAGGGGCCUUUAGUGAGCUUAGGGACUUGGAGGAGUUGGACUUGGGGGACAAUCCCAGCCUCCACAGGCUGGAGGGGGGAGCCUUCCGCGGACUAGAAAAGCUCCAGAGCCUCCACAUGCACCGCUGCCGACUUACUGCCCUGCCCCAUGACAUCUUUCACAAGCUUUACAGCCUGCAAUUCCUCUACCUGCAGGAGAAUAAUAUCCACUUCCUGCAGGACGACAUCUUUUCUGACCUCAUCAACCUGAGCCAGCUUUUCCUGCAUGGCAACCGUAUCCGCACCCUGUCAGAGAACGUGUUUCGCGGACUGGUCAACCUCGACCGGCUACUACUUCACGACAACCGCAUCAGGCAGGUGAACCGCCGCGCCUUUCGUGACCUUGGCCGCCUUACUAUGCUCUUCCUCUUCAACAACUCCCUGGCUGAGCUGCCCAGCCAGACCCUGAGGGACACUCAGGGCAUUGAGUUCCUCCGCCUCAACGCCAACCCCUGGUCCUGCGGCUGCGAGGCCCGUGCACUGUGGGAGUGGUUCCGCGAGGCCCGUGUCUCUUCAUCAGAGGUGAUCUGCGCGUCCCCUUCCAACCGUCGCAGCCAGGACCUCCGUUUCCUUCGUGAGAUGGACUUCGCUCUCUGCCCCCUGCCAGACCCUGGCUCCAUCGCCGGCUCAACCACCACCACCUUCAGCACCAAAACCCGCUGGUGGUUCCACAAGAACAAGCCCCAGUCAUCAACGAAAGGUCUCUUCGAGAAAUCCUCCGAGACUGUCAAAGCUGGUUUGUACGGGAAAGGCCCAUCCACAACCACCUCAGUAGUCAAGUACGAGUUGGGGGAGGAAGAGUUGGCGCUGCCCAAACUCGACGCAGAAGAGUACUGGGCAAACUACGGCAACGAGGACUCAGGUGUCACCCUGCGAUGCGUUGAGCUCGAGUGUCCACCUGAGUUCGACCUGCCUCCAUCUGCCUCCUCUCCCUCGUCCUCCUCGCCCUCUUUCCUCUUACUACUAGCCCUUUCUGUUCUCAGCCUCUGCCUCAACCUCCACCUGCUAUUCGGCUGAAUCUAACUCUCAGUACUAAACCCUUUCCCCUUCCAGCCUGUUUUAAAGGCUGUGAGGAAACCUGUUAGACUCUACACCCCCUUUGCCCGCUUUGCUGUUAGCCAUUUCUCUAGGCACAGCGAGGGAGAUAGGGGGACGGUUAGAUUCUGAAUCUACCACCUACAGGGCUUAACACUUUUCAGGGCUGAUAAGAGUUCUUCAGCUAAGCUCAUGUAUCUACAAUACUAUACAGGUAUGGCUUUCUGUGUCUCACCUGUAUGGUGGAACUUAAUGAUUCCCUGCAAUCAGGGCAACGAGGGCUGAGUCCAUCACUAAUGUCAGUGCAAUUUGAUAGCAGUUGUGAAUGAUGUUGUCAAUUUUGUCAGCUCAACUUAGUUAUAAGUACUAUUGCUAUUAGUGCAUCCAAUUAACU